AUGCCUUUAUACAGAAUGGCAAUGGGAAGUCCAGGUGAGGCAGGACAUCCAGAUGCACUUAAAGCAGCCUUAGCUGAAUUUUUCUCUAUGAUCAUUUUCGUUUUCGCGGGACAAGGUUCCGGCAUGGCUUUCAGUAAAUUGAAGGAUAACGGGACAUCGCCGUCAACAGGGGUGAUAGCAGCGUCAUUAGCGCAUGCCUUUGGACUGAUAGUAGCAGUCUCAGUUGGCGCUAACAUCUCAGGUGGUCAUGUUAAUCCUGCGGUCACCUUUGGCGCCUUUGUGGGUGGUCAUAUUACUUUCUUACGCGCCAUUUUAUAUUGGAUUGGUCAAUUACUUGGUUCUGUUGUUGCUUGUUUUCUUCUCCAUUUUGCCACCGGUGGCAUGGAAGUCUCGGCGUUUGCACUAUCAGGCGGGGUGACUUCAUGGAAUGCACUAGUAUUCGAGAUUGUUAUGACAUUUGGGCUUGUCUAUACAGUUUAUGCCUUAGCUGUUGACCCAAAAAAAGGCAAUUUGGGAACAAUAGCCCCAAUUGCAAUUGGGUUCAUUGUUGGGGCUAACAUCUUGGCUGGUGGGCCCUUUGAUGGGGCUUCAAUGAAUCCAGCAGUCUCAUUUGGGCCUGCUGUGGUUAGCUGGACCUGGACUCACCACUGGGUCUACUGGCUCGGCCCAUUUAUCGGAGCUGCCCUUGCUGCCAUUAUCUAUGACCAUAUUUUCAUUACCGAUGAUUAUUCACACCAGCCACUCCCCACUGAUUAUUAGGUUAAAUCGUUAAUUGCAGUUUUUUUUUGGCGGGAAUAAAUCUAGCCUUGGAAACGAGGAUGAUGAUGCUUUUUUUCUUUUUCCCCUAUUGGUUGAAUAUGUUGUCAUUGGAAAUAUUAUUGUUUUGAUGCAUAAUUAUACUAUUCUAUGAUGGAUAUUUCAACAGCUUCAUUUAUUUGUUGGUAUGGACGAAUAAUAUCUUUUUUUUGUUCAAGUUAUACAUUCAAACAUUGCAUUCAACUAAUUAUAUGUAGUUUCUGAAGGCUUCUUACAACUCAUAUAUUCAGCAAUAUCUAAUUGAAGUGUUUGGUACUCCAUUAAUUUUAUGUGGAAAGACUUAGAGGAGGUUUGGUUAUACAUAAAAAGUACUUAUUGUUUUCUAGAUUGUUUCCCCGUAUAGAUGCAUUUCUUAGGAGUAUAAGAUUGUGUUUGGUUAACAAUGAAAAGUAAAACUUUUUAUAGUAAAUCUAAGUGAUAUAAGGGAAUCUAGAUAAGUAAUUUUUUAUCUAUUUUGUGAGGAACACAAAGUACAACUCCACAUGCUUUUACUUUGGGAUGUACUAGAUGUUGACUAUAUGUUCUGUAAAAUUCCAGAAUG